UGAGAAUGGCAGUGAAUGGGGGAAAGUCAGAAAAUCAGAAAUAAGGUCAUGAAUGUGGAAAAUCAGAAAUCAGGUCAAUGCCUAUGAAAAUUGAUCAAAGGCUUCUUCAAUAUGUUUACAUUGACCAAUGAACGCUGGUCAAGGAUGACAGAGGAAAGAGUUGAAGGUCCAUAGUCUGAUAAAACUCUGUUAUAUCUCAUUCCCUGUUUUCCUUCUGUUAUGUAAUUCUUUAAAACAAAGCAUAGGCAUGGAUAAAAAAAAUGAAACGUCAGUCACAGAUUUCAUCCUCCUGGGCCUCUCCUUGGAUAUGAAACACAUCAAUCUGUUCAUUGGUGCCAUGCUUCUUAUCUACAUCGUAGCUCUCAUUUUGAACUCCAUUCUCAUUCUCCUGAUUUGGGCGCAUUCUCAUCUCCACACACCCAUGUACUUCCUACUCAGCCAGCUGGCUCUCAUGGACUUGAUGUUAAUCUCUAGCUUUGUCCCCAAAAUGGCCAUCAACUUCUUCUCAGGGAGGAGAAACAUCUCACGGUUGGCCUGUGGGACUCAGAUCUUCUUCUUUCUGACUCUGGGAAUUGCCGAGUGCAUCCUCAUCACCCUCAUGUCCUAUGACCGGUAUGUAGCCAUCUGCAAUCCUCUGAGAUAUGCCAUCGUCAUGAGUCCUAGGGUCUGUGUACAGAUGGUUGCCUUCUCCUGGGCUGGGGGUGCCAUUACAUCACUGGUACACACAGCCUAUGCCAUGCAUUUUCCCACCUGUGGUUCCAAAGAGGUUUCGCAUUUCCUCUGUGAGCUCACGGCCAUCCUAAAGUUGGCUUGUGAGGACAUCUCAGCCUAUGAGAAGGCUGUGGUGGUGACAAGCAUUGUGGUGCUUCUCAUUCCCUUGUUCCUCAUCUUGUCCUCUUAUGCUGUCAUCUUCCUUGCCAUCCUCCACAUGAAAUCCCCAGAGGGCAGGGACAAAGCCCUGACCACUUGCUCCUCCCAUCUGACUGUUGUAUGCCUCUACUACGGCCCUGCUAUAGUAGUGUACAUGAGGCCUAGUUCCUAUCAUAAUGCCAAGCUGGACCAGGUACUCUUUAUACUCGGCCCUAUUCUUACACCUAUGCUGAAUCCCCUGAUUUAUAGUCUUAGGAACAAAGAAGUAGUGGGAGCCCUAAGGAAGGUGCUGAGCUAAUACUGAUGUCAAAUUAACAUAACAAGAUAUGUCCAUUUGUAAUCAUUUACUUUAAUUCAAUCGAAACAAGUUUGGUUAUAUGUCAAGAGGUCUUAGUUUUGGAGUAAUCCAUUGACUUAACAAA